GUUCAUUCAUCCCAUCCUAUUAACCUCUCUUUACCUAUCACCUCACUCCUCCCGUAUCGAACCGUACUACCGCCAGCCAGCCUCCCCCCACUCAAUGACGGCCGCCAUCGGUGCUUUUUCUGCGCAUUGAUGGGAUGGCAAGACCACAUCGUGUGUAGCCCCAUCUGUGACCUACGCGAGUCCAGCUGCUGAACUUUCCAACCUCCCCAGGUCUACUUUCGCGAUUUUGCCUACACGACACGACGAGCCCGAAUGGCGAGUGGAAACAUUAGUCUUCUGCCUGCAACCUCGUAUGCCGAGUAUGCUUCAGUCUUUUCCGUUCCCUCCCCCAAGCACACGUGACGGCGCAUCCGAUGAUGCCGCUGCACAACCCACCGUCGUCGAGGCAGAGACAACGUCCGUGAAAGCGGACGAUGCGCCUGCCACGAAUGCGCUGGCAACGCGGUGCCCGGGCAUUCCCGUCCGUCCAGCUCUGGCGCAUCGUCUCAACUCUCAUCGUCUCCAUGUGCGAGCCAAGGCUAAAUUACAGCGCGACAGACUCCUCUCCGGUCCGAUGCUAGACGUCUACGUGGGUGAGGACAGGCGUCACUGGGCUCUGCAUCGCAACCUGCUCUGCCACCACUCGGAACUGCUCGAGGCCGAGCUGCAGGGCGAACAUGGCAAGAAGAAGAACACCCUGGAGCUGCCGGACCACGACCCGGCAGGUUUCGCCUUGCUGGUAAAAUGGCUGUACCAAGGCCAGCUCGACGAUGUGUCGGAAAUCUUCGACUCCACUAAGAAAUACGAAUACGCCGUGAGCUGCCACAAGCUCUAUCUCCUCUGCGACCGCUUCGACAUGCCCCAACUGAAGAACGUCGCCAUGGAUCAAUACCGCAAAGGCUUGAACCAAGCCGAACUGGUGCCGGAUGCCGAUGAGAUCGAUGACAUCUAUCGCAACAGCCCGCGCGAGUCCCCGUUCCGGCGUUUGAUGACAAGAAUAGCCGCCCGUCAGAUAAUGGACCCAGAUAACAACCGAGACGUCGAGACGUACCGUGAAUGCUUCGAAAAUAACCCCGAUUUCGCCGUUGACUUGGUCAAUGCCAUCAAGCGCGGCGCUGGCGGCAUUCUCUUCGACGACCCCACCGAUCGAGGCAACGAGUGCGAAUAUCACGAUCACAUGGCAGCCGGCUCCAGUUGUCACAUUCAGGACAAGGGCAAAGGGAAGCAAGCAUUCAAGGCCUCAGCUUCCCUACGCGUCCACACCUCCGCCAAAUCGGCUCCGAAAUCCGAAAAUUUCGUCCUUCCUCUCCACCGUCGCCCCCCGACUCCCCUCCUGAUGAGUCCCCCACCACCCCCGCGACAGGCUCGCCUGCAAGACGGUCUAAGUACCGGCCCUCUGCGUCGUCGCCUCACCAGUCCGGCUUCUUCGACAGUCGAGACGUCAACGGAGAACGCAAUGGGCAGUCUCCCCACGAGUCCGAAGAAGCAGAGGGACAAGACUCCGCAGAUCACACCCCCAAAGCCGCGCCUACAAAGUCCACCUCUAUUGGAGGAGACCGAGGAGACCGAGGAGACCACGUCACACCCAGUCCUCGUCGCCCUCCCCCCAAACUCAGAAAGCAUGUCACACCCACUCCCUGAUAGCCAAGUCAGCGAGCGAAGCGAAGCGAAAGACAACCCCCACGAUUCGGGGGAGCCUACUUCGCCGUCGCGCGGGCUCUGGAGGUGGGCAAAUGUGGGCACAGGCACAUUCGGCAUCAUUAAGAGAAUACCGCAUCCAGACUGGAAAGCACCACUUAUAACUUCAAAAACUGCAACUUCUGCAGUGAACGGCGCACUUGAAGGGGGGGAUUCAGUUGGAUCGUUUGAUGAUUUUAGCAUCCCGUCGUCGAUUAUCACGGAGCCAGAGAAUAAGGAGCGAAGGCAAGAGGUAGCGGAGGCGAAAGUAGAAGGUCUAGGAAUCGCCAGCUCCGUCAUAGAUCCUUCGUUCUCCCAAACGAAGGGAUCUUCAAGCGAUCUGGUGGCAUCCUUGUCUAUCCAAGGCACACCGUCGCCGAGGACUGGGUGGGAUGAGCAAUGGGCAGAUGGCGACGACAGCAUCGACAGUAUGAUUUCAAACAUCAGCAUACCAGCUAGCAACGGCAGCCCCCCGGCAACACCAUCCCCAGCACAACGCCCGAUCCCACCCAAGCCCGAGUCCAAGGACACACCCAGCCCGCAACGCAUACCCAAAUUCAAGAUUGCUCUUUCACGCAACAUUCUUUCUCAACACGCUGCUGCUACGACAUGA